UGCUGGUUGGUUGUGUCGCCCUCGCUGUUGGGAGGAGGAGGAGGAGGGAUAGGAAGCUCCGUCGCUGCCGCUCCUUUUGGAUUGCCGGCUGGAGUUCCUCCUUCGGGCCUUGAGACUGCGCCCGUCCGACUCGCUUUCUCUUCUUCUUCUUCCUCCUCCUCCUCCUCCUCCGAGCGCUCGCCGCCCGCCCCACCCCACCCCUCUCUCACUCUUCUCCCCCUCCUCCUCCUCCUCCUCUCCCUUCCUUCCUUGCCCUUCUUCCCUUCGCCAUGGCCACCCGGUCGUGCCGGGAGAAGGCGCAGAAGCAGAACGAGCAGCACCAGGCCAUUCUGGCCAAGCUCCUGCGGGAGGACGACAACAAGUACUGCGCUGACUGUGAGGCCAAGGGUCCACGAUGGGCUUCCUGGAACACAGGUGUUUUUAUUUGUAUCAGAUGUGCUGGAAUACAUAGAAAUCUGGGCGUUCAUAUAUCCAGAGUCAAAUCUGUCAACUUGGACCAAUGGACACCAGAACAAAUACAGUGCAUGCAGGAUAUGGGAAAUACCAAGGCAAGGUUACUGUAUGAAGCUAAUCUACCAGAGAACUUUCGAAGACCUCAAACAGAUCAAGCUGUGGAAUUCUUCAUCAGGGAUAAAUAUGAGAAGAAAAAAUAUUAUGACAAAAAUGCAAUUCAUGUCACCAGUAUGUCUUCCUCUGAUGCUGCUCAGCCUCUAGCAUCCUCUCCUUCUCUGCAAGCUGCUGUUGAGAAAAGCAAAAUAGAGAAGGAAAAGGAAAAGAAGAAGGAAGAGAAAAAGAAAGACCGAGAACCAGAAAAACCUUUGAAAUGCUUAGGAGUUGAAAAACCUCCGAAGAAAGAGGAUCAGCAGUUGGAGCUUAAAGCAAGCCCUAAGAAAAUACCAGAAUCCACUGUUGACCUUUUGGGACUUGAUGGUCCUGCUGAUUCCUCUAUUACAAAUGGAAGCACUGUUACUUCUGCUGCAGUACUAAAUGAUGACCUGGAUAUAUUUGGACCAAUGAUCUCUAAUCCUUUGCCAGCAACUUCUAUACCUCCUUCCCAGAGUGCUUCCACGAACCCUGUAGGUUCCACCUUAUCUGCUGCAUCUGGAGAUCUUGAUCUGUUCAUUGAACAAACUAAAUCAGAAGAAUCAGCAAAGAAACAACUCUCCAAAGACUCCAUCUUGUCACUGUAUGGCACAGGGACUAUGCCACCGCAAAAUGCUCCAGGUGUAUUCAUGGGACCACAGCCUUUGCCCUUUCCCACACAACCAGCAGGCCAUUUUCAAGGUUUUCCAGCCAUGGGAGUGCCUGUGCCUGUACCUGCAGCCCCUGCAAUGAUGGGAAACAUGAUGGGACAAUCGCUGCCUGUCAUAGGACAGAAUGCAGGCAUGAUGGUGGGCAUGGGAAUGCCUAAUGGCUUUUCUGUCACGACACAAACUGCUGGUUUAGGACUUCCUCAAAAUGUUGGUGGACCCCAAGGAACAAUGGUGGGACAAAUAGCCCCACCACAGAAAUAUGGCAUUCAGCAGAAUCAACAAACUCAGUGGAAUCUUUCUCAGAUGAAUCAGCAAAUGGCUGGGAUGAAUCUGAGUAGUUCCAGCAAUAUGAUGAGCUUUGGCCAGCCCCCAAAUACAGUGCCAGGAUGGACUGGAAGUUCCUCAGGGCAGACUCUCAGUACGCAACUCUGGAAAUGAAAACUGCAAUAGAAGUUUCAUCUAGAUCAGAGUCCUGACAUUCCAUGCUCAAAUCCAUCUAGUUUCCCUGGUCUGCCCAUGUACAUUUUCCCUCUCUCCAAUCUCAGAGUUAUUCAUAUUAAGAAGUAAUCUUAACUGACCGUGUUGUGGUCUGUAUUGACUUAAAUUUUGAUGUAGUGAAAAGCAGGUUGAGAACACCUAUCAUCGGCAGCUUUUUCAUUCCACAGUACAUUUGAUCUCAUGAAUCUUAUCUUUCAGAAGAGCUACGUGACCAACUACAUACUCAAAAUUGUUAUCACUUAUAGAUCAAAUGUUUCCAUAUAAGGGAAAUAGGUAUCAUGUUAGUACUAUCUCCUAAUAUGUAAACUCCACCCUGCAAAUUGCCCAGUAAUUCUGUAGAAGGUACUGUAUGAACAAAUGUUAAUCAUAUAAAUAAGCGUAUUCAUGUAUCAUUGAAGAAUGUUUUUCCUUAUGUAACAAUUAUUUUGUCAUUCAUUUCACUGUACUGAGCAGGGGAAGUGGUGGUGAAAGCGAUAAACCUGGAGGUCACUGUGGUUCCAUCAGUUUUCUUUACAUUUAGAAAUUAACAGCUGGAGUUUCCUGCACCAAAAUAGGCAAUUUGGUAUAAAAAUGUGUACAGAGGACUAAUCUAAAGUAUACUAUACAGCAUACAUACAGGGUAGCUCCCUCAAUUAUAUAUUUAAUUUUGUCUUUACCAGCUGUAUCCAGGUUUAUGCCAGUAAUUGUGUUUACAUUUAUGGAGCCUCAUAUUGAUAAGCUGUUUCUUCCCUAUAUUAAAGACAUCCAUAAACAUCACAUGAUUAUUUCAUUCUAUAAGAUCUUUGUCUACUGUUCUUAAAAACAAAGCUGUUUAAUUUAGGAAAAAAUAAACUUUGAACAUCAAUAAUCUGGAAGCUGCCAUUAUAAAUGAUAAAUGAAUUGAAGCUUUACAUUUGUUUAGAUUAGUAACUUUUCAAUGUUUCACUGCAUUUCAUUGAAUGUCUUGUGUAAAAAAACAAUCUAAAAUCUGAACACUGAAAGUACUAAAAUGGAUUCGAGAAACACAUGCAAAACAAGUGAAGACAAAAUAUGUACAACUUGAAUCAUCUGACAGAAGGCUUUCAUACCAUAAAAGACUGUACUGUCUGAAUGUUAAAGUGUGGUUGGUAGGUAUAGCUCUGAUGCAUCCGCUCAUUUCGGUAUGUCCCAUUUUAUGCUCAAAGAUCAUACUUCAAUUUUGACACUGUCCAGGUGAUACUUUGGCUCAUUAGCUAGAUUUACCUUUUCUGUUCUAGUGUGCCAUACAAGAACCUGAAAUAAGUUAAAGAAAAAAGUUAAUUCUAAAUAUUCCAAAAGACAAGUAUCUGUUGGAAAAUAGUUAAAUUAAUACCUUUGUGCAGUUAUUGGCUUUUGGCUCCAGUUCUUCUACUGUGGUAAUCUGUCUCAGAAAAUCAGAUUCCUGCAUCCCAGGCUGUGAUCCAUGGCGUCUGAAUACUGCUUUAGGGUUCGAUAAAAUCACCUGAAGGCUUACAGCAAACCCUUUGUAAAUCAAAUGUUAAAUAAUUAAAACCAAAGUUAUAUACAUUUCAUAGCAAUUUCAUUUAGCUUUAGAAAUUAUCCUUUUUUUUUCUUUUCUUUUUUUUAUGCUAACAACUUGUAUUUUGCAAACAAACCCCUAACGGUUUACACAGUACCAUGCAGUAGCAUAUAACUUCACCUAUGUGGUUGCCUCACAUAAUUUAUGCAGUUUAUUUUUCAUGCCACAAACCACUUUUGUCUUAUCUGAAAAGUGACUAGCUGUGCUCCUCCAUAUCUGUUUAAUUCUUUAUACAUUUUGUUAGAAUGUAAACAGUGACAAUGUAAGCAAUUCAAAUUUCUAUAUGAUGAACAGCCUGCCUGGUGGUAAAAGAUGAGUUUUAAAAGGAACAGACAAACUUAUUUUCCUUCCUCAUAUACCACCUUUGUAAUUAAUUGGAAAUUAAAGUCUGAAGUGAAUGUAAUUGUUAAAAUAACUAGAAGGAAAAAUAAAUUUGACUUAAUAAAUUCA